CUCAAUAUUUUAUGGUGAUAGAAGAGCAGAUUGAACAGCUGUACAAUCAUCUUUUUAUCUAAAUUUAAUUCUUGGAGAGAAAAAAUCAAUAAAUCAUGAUUUUAACCAUAUUGGCUAUAUUCAUUAUUAUUGUAGCCAUAAUCUAUCUUUAUGAAUGUUGGUUCUGUUCGAUAAAUUUUUCGGAAAAAUUAAAUAAACAUCAUGUAUUUAUAACCGGUGGUACAAAAGGUAUUGGUUUGGAAAUUGCCAAAAUUUGUGUUAAAAAUGGUGCCAAUGUUACUAUUGUUGCUCGUGAUCAAAAAUGUUUGGAAAAAACACAAAAAGAUCUAAUUUCAAUGGCCAUUGAUAGUGAUCGACAGAAAAUUCAAACAUUUUCUGUUGACAUAAGUAAUCGGCAAACGUUACAAUUGGAAAAAGUACGAUCCGAUGCUGAAUCUAAUUCUGGACCAAUCGAUUUACUUAUCUGUUGUGCUGGUACAGCUAUUGCACGUACAUUCGAUGAUUGUUCAUUGGAUGAAUAUCAUCGAAUGAUGGAUAUUAAUUAUUUUGGUACAGUAAAUACAAUCAAAACAUGUUUACCAUCAUUGAAAAAAAGUCAAAUGGAUAAUGGUCGAAUAAUGAUAUUUUCUUCGAUUGCCGGUGUAUUUGGUAUAUACGGUUAUUCAGCAUAUUCAGCUGCAAAAUUUGCUUUAAUCGGUCUAGCUGAAUCAUUAGAUAUGGAAUUACGUCCAUAUAAUAUCAGUGUUACUGUAUCAUUUCCACCGGAUACAGAUACACCAGGUUUUGCAAAUGAACAACAAGGAAAACCAAAAAUAACUGAAUUAAUUUCCGAUGAAGGUGGUCUUUUUACACCUGAACAAGUGGCGAAAAAAUCAUUAAAAGAUUGCCUAAAUAAUCAAUUUAUAUCGACAAUCGGUUUUAAUGGUUUUGUUGUAACAACAUUAUGUUCAGGUAUGAUGCCAUGUCGUUCAUGGUUACAAUGCUUAAUACAAAUCUGUUUGAUGAGUCCAUUAAGAGCAUUUGGUCUUCAUUUUCUAUAUUCAUGUGAACAAAUUGUACGAAAAAAUUUUCCAAAAUCAAUGAAAUCUGAAUAGAAAAAAAAAGUUUUUCCUUCAUUUUCUACAUUUUGUAUUACACAUUAAAUUUGUCAAUAAAAACGUUUAUUCUUGCCACAAUAA